UGAAACGUUCCACGCAAUUUUAUAACCCAAAAAGUUGUCCACCCAUCGCAUCGGUUCGUGAAAUUCCACUGAUUUUUUGUGAAUUUGCAGUUGUUUUCAUAAGUUUUCGCUCGCGUUAAUCAGCUCAAGCGAUUGCCAAAAUCGCGGGUCACAAAAUGUGCCGAAAAUUGUGAUGAUAUUGGUCGAUUUAGUGGGGAAAAUAUGCACUGGUAAAAGCUGUUUUCAGUUCGUGGCAGUCAGCCGAUUGUUGGCGAAAAAAGGAGCGUAAAAUUCGAAAUCGGAUGCAACAGCAGGGUAAGAGGAAGAGCACGAAGAAGUAAACGCAGUACCACAACAGAGGGAAACAGUGUCAAAUUCGCGGUUCUUCGUCGAAAGAAGGUGGAAAAAUUCUAUACGUAAUCAAUGCAACUUUGAAGCAUCGAAGUUUAGGUAUGCUGAAUUGAAGCUUGGGAAUAAUUUCGUAUUCUAUCCGAUUUCAGUGUGAGUGAAAGAUGAUAACCAAAACCAGCAGACUGAAUUUGAGCAACAAUGAAUCGAUUGGAAACACUUCGAUGGUUUCAAUCUGCGAUCGAGAAGCGUCGUCGGGUAACAACUCGUCGGAACCCAGCAAUGAGGAGCCACCGGUAGGCACUUUCGAGCACAAAUCGGUUAUCCUAGACUCGAACUACAUUGAGACUAAGAUCAAAAGUUUACUGAAUCAGGAAGAUGACAACGAAAGCGAACCAAGCACUGUGAACAGCAGUGAGAAACUGGAUAAUGUUGGAAACGUGACCACGUCGACCGUUGCGGAACAUCCGGAGCGUAUUACCGGUAUUCUGACGGCGGAAGACAGCUGCAACGCGGUGGAUCACAAAAUCUCCUCCGGCGAGGGCGAGACCAGCCAGCUGGAAGUGCCCCCGGAAGAGCUGUCUUUCAAUGGGAAAAUCCGAAGUCUGAAUGCUCCGUCCAGCAGCUCGCAGUGCGAGUUAACCGAUGCGACCAAGGGCUUCGAGAAAGUACGCAAAGACAAGCUGAACGAGUCGUACGAGAUGCUGACGAAGGAGAACAGCUCAUUGAUGCACUACAACAAUGAGAAAUCUCCGGAUCUUUUCGCCGAUGACGACGACGACGACGACGAGCUCGAUGAGGCUAACCACGAAAGUGACCACGAAGAUGUCCGUUCGGAUAAUGGGGAUGCCACAGAUUCCGAGAACACCCCUGCCAAUAAUACCACCAAUGUCUGCAUGAAUCCAGUGGAGCAAAUCGAGAGGAAACUGCUCAAAAAUCUGCAGGCCUCGCUUUCCGGGGUCUUACCACCGCCAUCCGUUACCCAAUAUUGCAUCGACAUCGAUCGAAUGCUCACACUGUACCGACAACACGAGGAUCGAUUGUUCUACCGCAAUGAUGAAAUCGUAGAAAAGCCCACUCAAGCCCAAGAGAGUUCGCCUUCGGUUUGCCUCAGCAAACCGACUCAUCCACCCGGGGAAUUGCACGAGCUGGGAUGGCCAAAACUGCUCGAGGCGAGGGUCCAUGGAGUGUACUACAAUCGGUCGACGGUGACCGAGAAGAUUGAGCUGCUGGGGCUUAGAUAUGUCGAGCGGUACAUCAGCAGGGAGACGAAAACUUCCUUCGAGAUAUCGCGAGCCCCGCCGAGUGCCAAAAAGAAGAAUUCGCGGUUAAAACUGCUGAACCAAUCCCCGGGCAGCCGUUUAAGUCACUUGGCCCGUCGACGAGCGACUUUCUCAUCGGCCAACCUUCUGAACAGCUCGAUCGGUUCCAGUUCGUCGGGUUCGUCCCUCGCGGGAAGCCAGCGACGUUUGUGCAAUAGACAAAUCGUACUCGACGCCAAGAAAUCGGAUAACCGGCGGAAGAGUAAGGGCCGGACGCCCAAACGGCGUACCCCCGGCCGACGGAAGACUCCGGGGUCGUCGGCCAAAAAACGUACCCUCAGUUUACCGGUGGCCAAGCAAUCCCAGACGCUCUCCAGGGAAGCACCCAAGAGAGCGUUAUUCCAAAGCCCUCCAGAUGAACCUGCGCCGAAGGCCAGUCAUCCCUCACCGGCCGUCAGUAGAACGGCAUCCAAUAAAACGCAAAAGCUGAAACGUGUCCUCUUCUCACCUCCUGUGAAGCGACGCCUUGCCCUGCCUUCUUCGAAUGGUGCCAAGACUGGACCGUCCAAUAAUGUUACCAGUGCGAGCGGUGACUCCAGUGGAAUCAAAAACCUCUCCACCGGAGAGCCGGUAAAUUUGGAUUCCGGGGAACCUGGUCGCAAGAGGAAACGUCCCACGGACGAAGCGGACGAGGACAGUUUGGUUCAGAAGCAAAAAAUGUCUCGGACCGAACCGGUCAAAGAAGCGGACCUCACUCCUCGCUCUUCGAAGCUCCUUCGGAGUCAAAGCUUUUGCCUGGGUUCACAGUCUAAGGCCAACAGAAGCGCAUUGGACAGUAGCAGUCGCAAUGGCAAGACGUUGGUCCGAGCCAAUUCGGAAUCGGUGACGCUGACUGAAAAUCAUAGAAAAAAACUACUCUGGGCUGUGUCUCAAGCGCUGCAAACCAAGCAGAUAUCGAUGAAGCACGAAAACUUCCGGAAGUAUGCUUCCAUUCUGGCUCACGUGGUGAAGAAGCUGUUUCUGGAAUUCAAUGACCACUCCGUGUCCAGCACCAGUGAAAAGAUGCUGAGGUUGGCGCACAAGCACCUAUUCGACGUGCUCCAGGGCCAGAGCUCCGAAGAGAUCUAUCAACGGGAGCGAACGCGUCUGCUAAACGCGAAAAAUAUCCUAAGGCCUCACGGCUACAUUUCGCCCGAAGAGUACGAGCAGGCCAAGUUGCGGCGCAGCAGAUCCGCCUCGGUAUUUGUCCUAGACAAUUCAAACGAUUCAUCUUUCGGGGCAGGCUCCUCCAGUCAACCACCAGCACCAGUGCCACUAAGUCAAUGUUCGUCGGUCUUUUCCCAAAGUUCCGAGUUCCUCAACGGGCUGUCCCAGUCGUCAUCCUUUCACGGAAGUCAAUCGGCAAUGGCCAGUGAUUCUGCGAAGAAUACCAUCCUUCGGGAGAACAUCGACAGCGAGCAGCGACAAAAGUCGUCCCAGAAGCAAAUUUCCUUCUCCGGCAAGGAUCAGAAGAACAUGAGUCCGUACGCUGACGCCAAAAGUGGUUCCCAAGCCAAGGCGAAACUGUUGGUUGGGGGAUCCGUUGGCAGCAGCAUCCUGAAGGCCAAGAGGCAGAUCUCAUUCGAAUGAAGUCGGCUGAUUUAGUGUAACAUUUGCACGGAGGUAAAAUUGUACGAUACGUUUUUUUUUUCGGGUUUUUGCUCUUAUUCGAGUUGAUUGCGGGCAACAUUUUAAGCAGCAGGCCGCAGUUUAGGCGACCUGCAAAUGCUUUACUUAGUUUGGCGAAGCAGAGUGUUCAGUGUAAUAUAAGCUUUUUUUAUGAAUUUUGUUUCAUCGUAGUCAAGCUGAAAAUGCUUGAAAUCGGAUAAGUUAGCAAUAUUGAAUAAAGAAUUCUUAAUUUAUUGAAAUAUA